CGCAAAUUUUGACAAGCAAGCGGAACUCUUUCUCAGCGAAGGCCUACUCACCCAAGACCGCCUGCGGGAAAUGAAGCAGGCCGAAGAGAGAGUCCGAUUUUUCCUGUACGAAGCCUUGCUGCAGAUCUUUUUGGAAAACGGGCCCAGCAUCUUCGGCGAGGUGAAAGUAAAAACGUCUAGAAAUAACAGCAAAAGUGAGGAAGAUCCUUUGCAUGGAACAAGCAGAGGCGGAAGGAACCCAUCCUCGUCUUCUUCUUUUGCGAUUACCAGUAAUCAAUUUUUGGCCAAGCUUGUCGCAGAGGCACAGAAACUGGACGCGGUGCUUGGGACUUUGGUCAACGCAGUGACCGAGGCGAAGAAGAAGUUACUAGCAGGAACUAAUAUCAAACAACAACAGCAGCAGAAAUCCUUCCUGAAGACGACCAGUGGCAGACAGGUGAGCAGCCAAGGACCACCGGGAACAAAUAACCUGCAUUCCGGCUCGGUGGCUGUUCUACCGACAAAGGCCGACCCCUACGCACCGGCAUACAUUCAAAUUGGUGCUGCAAGUACAACAAUUCCUCCAGGUGCACAACAACACAAUUCAUCCCCUUUGCAAAAAGAUCAAUCAAACCCCGAUUCCCACCUGGACGAAACGGAGUCUUCCAACAUCCAAGAACUGGAGAAGCAAACGUCCCUCUUUCUUCUCCGCGCUCGGAAACUCCAGGAGCAAAUUGUGCACGAGUUGCAGAAGCGAAUUUUGUUGAUUCCACAAGGGUCGUUAUACCAGAACACCGCCGUGGCGCUCGAUGUGGAUUUGGACUUCAAAUUAUACAUCCGGGACAACUUCUGCAUCUCCUACUUGCACAAGCAAAUACUGGAGAAGAUGCAGAACAAUUCGCAGUUAUUCCGUGUCCCGCCGCAAACACCCCAGCAAAUCAACCACAUGAGCAUCAGCAGCGUCGAAGUGCUGCUCUCUAGUAGUGCACGACCGGAUGAUCUACGACAUGAGGUGCGUAGUGCGGAUAAUACAGCAGCAACACCUUUUUCAUCUCCUCAGCCUGUCAGGAUUGAUCUCGUGCUGCAGUCUUUGCAGGAGGUGAACGUGCCUUCAUCUUCUUCGGCACCUAGCAGUAGUUUAUCCGCAGGGGUUCCAGGAGGAGGACAUCACCUCGGCGCGGGCGCCACCUCCGGCACUAUUGCAACGGCAUUUGCACAAUAUGCGAAGAAAAAUAAAGUGUUACAGUUACACAUUGUGUUGCGAAACAAGCAAGACAGGCAACCUUUGCCAUGCAGGAAAUGCUUGGCAGCCUCAUUUCAUUCGUGUUUUCCCUUAUAGUCUGCGCAUCACAGGUUUGCUUUGGAAUGUCGAGCAACUUUGAUGUAGCAACUCCAACAAAUGUGUAACUGUAACACUUUUUUCGUGGGAUACACAACCACCUUUGUCUACUACGGUUCCGGACUACGUUUUGUUGGAAGAGCAGCGUCGGGUUUCACUUGAUGGGAGCAGGAGGAGCACCGGCGAGGCGCGGGAAGUAGAUUCGUCUGCGCUAGGUUUGGACGUCGAGGACCAGAGCGGUCUCGAGCAGGGCAGCUCGUCUUCGGUAGUUCGUGACGGCUUCUUCGGGACUACUUCUUUCUUCAUGCCCGCGUGGUGGUCCUCCGGUCCUAAAGGCCGGACGCCGGCUCGGCGGUGGGGUACAGCAGCAGGCGCAAGUAUUGUUCCCACUACUGUCCUCGAGGAGAUCUUCGGCGCCGCUUGUCGAGGCUCUGCUAGUGAAGUACUAAAUGUGGAUGAUUUAA